AUGUCUACCCCCAAUGAUCUCCAGGCUCUCUUGGCCAGUAUCCGGCCCCGUCCAUCCCCGUCCAAUUCUUCGGGUCCCGACAAUCUCCAGCCUCGUCAGCCGCACUACCAACCGGGUUUGUUCCCGCCGCAUCCUCAGCAGCCAUACGACGGCCAGAGCUUGCCCCAUCCCCAGCUGCAUGGCUACCAUAAUCCCUCGGUCUCGACAAUUCAGAGUCCUUCCCCGGUGAACACCCCUCCCCACCAUGGUUCUGAUAUCCUGAGUCCCAACAUCCCCACCCCUCGUGGCGACUGGCCCCAGCAGCCGCAGUCCAACAACCCUGACCGUGCUACCGAUCUGUUGAAUCUCCUCAGAUUCAGCCAGGGCUCAGCUGCUCCCUCCCAUGCCCCGGCCCCAACUCCGACCGCAGGCCUUGAACAGCUUCGGUCUCCGCUGGGCUCGGAAGCUGCCACGUCGCAUGGACGAAACAUUUCUGCGUCAAACUUGGUUUCCUCGUUGUUUGGUCAACCGGCGCCUGCUGCUCCCCGGCGGCGCCGCCGCGAAAACACGCAAGAGAUGCUGCUUCGUCUGCUCAAUCGCUCCCAGCCAGGACCCGCUGUGGUGGAAACACCAGCUCUGGUUGCAACUGGCCAAACUUCUCGAGCGACUGUCGAUAAGUCCCAGGAUAAUGGAGCGGACGAGGCGCCUUUGGAAGUUCUGGAGAAGGGUUCUGAGGAACCUGCGAAACUGGAAACGGUCGCACCCUCUACUUCCAAGGACUCCAUGUUCACUUAUGUCAACCCUUUCGAUCAGUUGGCGGCCAUCUCUCCACGCAACAAGUCCCCACAAUCCAAGUCGGGGAGUGCAAGCCCGGCUGUGGAAUUGACCAAGAAGCAGAAAGUGAAUGUUUCGGCGAAUUUGGAACAGACACCAACUCCUGCACCGGCGGAAACCCAACAGCGGAGCAAGUCUCCAAUUCUCGAGGAUGGUCAGAGAGACGCCGUCAAUCAAGUUGUCGGUCGUCUCGUGAAUGAGAUUGGGCGUUCUCUCAGCGAGAGUGAAUCCAAAUCCACGGCGGACGCGAAAGCGGCCGCUCCUACCGCCGAGGAAUCCUCCGAAGCGGUACUCUCGUCCAUCGCCAGUCAUUCGCGAGAUACGGCUGCCGAGGCCCAAGAGGUGGCCGCCCCAAACCAGCCCAAGGAGCCUUUCAAGGAGGAGGUGGUGGAUGCCACUGCGGCUGUUCCCGCUCAAAGCGGCGCUGUUCAUGCCGAAGCCCUUGUUGAUAGCUGGGAGAGUGCUGAAGACAGUGCUGAAAAAGAGGAAGAACGGAUUGUCUCGGUCCAGAAUUUCCCCCUGAGACCGUUCAUUUCCAUUGCCGUGAAGCCCCAAACCGGAAAGUUUCUGGCAUUCCGCGACGAUGGAGUUAUGGAUAUUGCUCGUUUGAAGAAAGAGUUUGAUCAAUUGGACCGCUCUUUGACUGCCGCAACUUCCGAAUACAUCGUUUACGCUCUUGCGAAAGUGGGAGGAAUCCGAAUCAUUCGGCAGGAUGACGGAAGUGACCGGCAGGUCUUCCGCUCUACUCGUGAUCGCGUGUUCAAUGUCACCCUGUGUACGUCGUCCUCCACAAGCGGCGCCUCGGAGGUGCAAGCGAUCCUUGGCAUUGGCAUCAGUGGUGCGGUAUACUGGGCUCUGAUUUCCCGCCCCGAAAAGGACCUGUUUGAUACGGACGCCCUGGAGAGUGAGACUUUGAUCUUCCCGCCUUUCCCGGCCUCAGAUGAGAAUACCUCUGGCGGCCAGCUGAAAACGCGAGCCAAACGGAGCGCUCGUCACCCUGAGUUAUUUGCGAUUGGCCGCGGUAAAAACAUAUACGUGGUUUCCCCCCAGGCGGCCAUGAGCCCCAGCUUUGGUGUCUCCGUCUCUCAACGCACAGUCAACACGGAGAAGUUCUUCAAGGAGCGGGCCCUGAAGAUCUCGACUGGCAAGGCCGGCAAGGAUUUCGCUUUCAGUGACGAUGACACCGUCAUUGCCUCGCUGGAUAAGACCGGCCGACUGCGCUUCUGGGACAUCCGCGAUGUGCUGGAUGACCCGAGCUUUAUCGAAGGUCCCGCUCCCAGUGAGGUUCGGAUUCCCUUGAACACGUUUGUCACCGGCUCUCCAACGGAGAAAUCCUGGCCCACCUCAGUGCUUUUCCUGGAUAAGCUUCGCGCUUAUUCGAAAUCCAUGGCGCUCCGCUAUGUUCUGGUUGGGUUGAAGCAAAACCACACCUUGCAGCUCUGGGAUAUUGGGCUGGGUAAGGCUGUGCAGGAGCUGAAGUUCCCUCACGAGAACGAGUCGGAUGCGAUUUGCAGUGUCGCGUAUCAUCCCGCUUCAGGGAUCAUCGUGGUCGGACACCCUACGCGCAAUUCGAUUUACUUUGUUCACCUGUCUGCGCCGAAGUACAACCUGCCACAGAUGUCCCAGGCGGCAUUCAUCAGGGCCGCCAGCGAGAAGGACAGCAAUCUGCCCAAACCUGAAUCGACCGCAUGUUUGAGUGGGAUCCGUGAAAUCUCGCUUGGCUCCAAGGGCGAGUUGCGCAGCCUGGAACUCUUGCCUAUCAAUAAGUCGGCAACUGAGAAGCGCGGAUCGGAGGACACUGCUCUGUUUGAGCUAUAUGUGAUGCACUCACGUGGGGUGACGUGCCUGAAUAUAAACAAGGAAGACCUGGGUUGGACCCCCGAGAACAAGGUCAUCCGUCCCGUGGAUGCGCUGGGUGCGGGCUUCAUUGAAAUCAACGAACUCCAGUCCUUCCCGAGCUAUGUCACCGAUGAUCCAUCAGUCAAUGGUGAUGCGGCUUCUAUCCCAUCCCGCGCAACGAUCAAAGAGCCUGUGAAGAAGGCAGACAUUGGUGAUUCGGGUGCUGUUCCUUCGCGCAACACCUCGCCAAUCAAACCGUCCAAGAAGAAGGGUGAUGAGUCCGUCGAAGCCGUCUCCACUUCCAACGGAUCUGAGAAGCCUGAGAAGAAGAAGAAAAAGAAGGCUGCCGCGGAGGCUGCGGCGAAGGUCAAGGAGCCUACCGCCACCACGGGCGUUGAGCCUCUUUCUACCCCUGCUACCCAAGCCAAGGAGCAGCCGGAGAACGAAACUCUUGCUUCAUCUGCAGCUGCAAUGAGUGCGACUCAUGCAACGGGCCAUGCACUGUCUGCUGGGCUCAUCCCUGGGCCGCCUGGUGCCGGCAUCUCGAAUGAAGCUUUGAACAAACACCUCGAGUCGCUGCAAAACAGUGUCUCUGGCGAGUUCAACAAGAGCCUUGGCCGAGAAAUUGAGGCAUUGUAUCGCCGCUUCGAUGAGGAUCGUCGCAACUGGGACGCCGCCUCGGCUGCGAAACAGGACCAGGUGCUUCGCCUGGUAUCCAGUACUCUAUCAGACAAUGUUGAGAAGAACUUGGCCCGCAUUGUCUCAAGCAGCAUCCAAACCGAUGUGGUUCCGGCCAUCACUGAUGCCACCUCGAGCACGGUCAACAAGCAGCUUGGAAGCGUCCUCGACGACGAACUGCGUCAGUCUCUUCCCAAGGCGGUCACCCACGCUUUGCAACAUCCGGCGGUCAUGAAGGCCGUGUCGGAUUCGGUGGCUCAGAAACUUGCUCCUCGCAUUGAGAUCGAACUGUCCAAAACCGUGCAGAGCUCCAUCGCCCCCAUGAUCGAGAACCUGACACGCAGCACCAAGAAGGUCGAGGCAGAUCUGGAGCAGAAGUUCCAGGCGCAGAUCAAGCAUUACGAGGCGCAGCGUCAAAGCAACAACGCGAAAAUCGAAGAAAUGUCAGCUCUCCUACGGGGUCUGUCGAAUACUGUCUCUUCGCUGGCUGCAAACCAGGGCCGCCAGAGUGAAAGCUCCAUUCCCCAGCGUCCCUCGGCUGGACGGCCGAGUGAGACCACUGCACGCGUCCCACAGGCGCCAGCGCCUCAGACUGCCCCAGCAACACCUCCUGUGUCGAGGACCGCGGAGGAAGCCGAAUUGGCCGACAUUGCUCGAACGAUCAAUGCUGGUCAGUUCGAAGAGGGUACGAUUAAGUGGCUUCAAUCGAACCAACAGGCCGACCUGUUCGACAACUUCUUCGUUCGCGUUUCUCCGAACUACCUAGCCCGACUCUCUGCAAUCCUCACGCUCUCUGUGGGAGUGGCUGUUACCUCCAGCCUACAGACGAACAUCAUCCAGCGUCUUGGCUGGCUCGACGUGGUGCUGCAUAAUGUGGAUGCCCGGGAUUCCGACCUCCGCGAAGUCGCUCCUCGGAUCAUGGAAGUUCUGACCCAGCGCCUGAACACCCUGUACAUGACGGUUGCCGAGCGCAACCCGCACGACCCCAUUCUUCGCUUGAUCGCGCCCCUGUCUCGUCGAGCCCGGGAGCUGCACGGUUUCUAG